CCACGUGGGUGAAACGGGGAGAAUGUCUGCGGCUCUGCUGCGCAAGGGGCUGGAGCUGCUGGAGGGGACGGCUGCAGCGGGGCGCGGGGCGGCUCCUCCUGGACGCCGGGCCGGGCUCGGCGGCCGCCCGAAGCGGUCGGGGAAAGCGCCGCGGAGGAGGGAGAUGGUUCGGGGACUCGACGGGGGCAACGCCACAGUCAAAGGCAGAGUGACCAAGUCGGCAAUAGAUGAGUAUCAGAAGAACAAGGCUGCGAAUCACUUGAAGAAGAACUUGCAGUACAUGAUGAAUACCCGAUUUGUUGCAAACAAAACCAUCACACAGCAGGUUCUCACCCACAAUCAAGGCAGGAAAUCUAAAGACCGUCCUCCAGAGAAGCCAAAGAAGAAGUCUGAAAGCACAGUCUUCACUGAAGAAGACUUCCAGAAAUUUGAGAAGGAAUACUUUGGGAAGGCUUAAGCAGCGUGAGAAGAACUCUUGCCAUUUCAGCUUCUCCAAAACUGAGUACUUGGAGCAUAGAACUGAUCCUGUCCUGUUGCCUGAGGUGGGAAGCAAACAGAAUGCCUUUUAUUUGCAAACAUUUAGAUGGCACAUCAGCUUGGGAGCUCUUGUAUCCCUGCAGAGACUUUAUUUGUAUAGUGUGGGGUAUGAUGCUGUAGAGUUGAGACAGCAGCCCUGCGAAUCAUCUUGCCUUUAAAGUCCAUUAUGUUUCUUGUUACCCACUUCAAGCCUGUACUUACGUUCUUCUGGAGGAACAUGGCAGAUUCUUCAUUCAAGCUAGAUGUAAAAUCUCUUCUGUGUGGUUCCACUCAUUAGCUGAGGACAACUUAAACUACUGUAUCCCAGUGGAUAGAUCCCCAGGAGGUAGUUCAGAAAUGAACUCUGGAUCAGGAGUCAUCAUCAGAACAAGGGAAAGGAUAUUCCAGGAAGGAGGAAAUUUGGACACAGUUUCUCUCUGUGUAUUUAGAGUGUCAUCUCCAUCAUUGCAAGAUGCUGUGUAUUUUUACAGCACUUGGUUAGUGCUGUAACAACACUAGCAGUUAAUGGCCUUCCUUGCUUUUGUGGUGGAGUGGUAAUAAUGACAGAUUAAACUGGUCAGUCCAAGAA